UACAACUCUGGCUGCCAUUGCCAUUUGCCCCCUCUGGUCAAAUAAAUCAUCACUUUCCUUUCUCUUUCCAAUUCUACUCCUCUCCCCUGCAUUUGCUUAUAUCAUCAUUACCCUUGUCCUUCUUUAUUUUUUCUCUCCAUAGCAAAAGCAGCUAAUUACAAAUUUUGCUAUUAAUGGAGAUGGAAGUGAUGAUAGCUUCACCUCCAGUGGACUUCAACUUCGAUAGUGCUUGUACUACUCCUUAUAUAAGUGCUUCUUCAAGCCCUCAACGUUUUGGCAAUUAUUUUCUCAGCGCCCCUACUAGCCCUGCCCACGGUGGCGAUGCCCUAAGAACAACCGGUGGUGAAGUUCCAUUCAAUUGGGAGGAAAAGCCUGGAAUUCCAAAAUCAAGAGCAACCCGGGAUGAGAAUGAUGAUUUUGCUUUUGAUUUUAGUGGUCAGUUGGAGAGAAGCUCUGUAUCAGCUGCUGAUGAGCUUUUUGAUGGUGGAAAAAUCAAGCCUUUGAAAUUGAAGCCACCACCAAGAUUACAGUAUGAAGGCAAACCAUUUGAUUCGCCGAAAUCUCCAAAGAAAAAGUUGAAGAAGAAAGAAUUAGAUCCAUUUGCAGCAGCCCUAGAGCAGAGUAGUCGAACAGAAAAUGAUCGCCCUGGUAGGGAAAGAACUCAGCACUCUACAAGUUCUUCAAGGCACAAAAAGACAAGAUCUUUAUCUCCUUUCAGAGCUUCCGAUUUACUGUUUGACAGUGAAAGCAAGCAAGAAAAUACAAACAUAUCUUCUUCUUCUUCAUUUUCAUCGAUGAUAACACUAUGGUACAGCAAAUGGAAGCUGAAAGACUUGUUUCUAUUCAGAAGCGCGUCAGAGGGUAGAGCAAGUAACAAAGAUCAGUUAAACAAGUUUUUGAAGAAAACUCAUAGUAAAGAGUCAAGCUUUAGAUCAACUGGUAGUAGUGUUGGAUCGUCAUCGGUAUCAAGCUCCUUGAGGAGGAGGGAGGUUUCGGCUCAUGAGUUGCAUUACACGUUGAAUAGGGCACUCUCGGAGGAGAUGAAGAGGAAAACUUUCUUGCCAUACAAGAAAGGCGUACUGGGUUGCUUAGGCUUCAUUCCUGAUGCAAGUUUUAGAGGUGUUGCUUCUUCUAUGUCCAUGACUCGUCGUUAAUGAGUCUCUAUCUGUAAGAAACGAAAAAACAUUAAAUACUAUGGAUUCGUUUUCGUGUA